AGCGUGGAAGGUCAAGCUCAUCGGCGAGGGAGCGGACGACGCUGGCGGAGUGUUUGACGACACCAUUACAGAGAUGUGCCAGGAGCUGCAGUCCGCCGUGGUGGACCUUCUCAUCCGUACGCCCAACAGCUUUACAGAUGUGGGAAGUCACACUGACAGGUUCCUGCUGAACCCGGCUGCUCUCUCCAAAGAUCACAUGGUCCAGUUUCGCUUCUUGGGUAUCCUGAUGGCGGUGGCCAUCCGCACGAAGAAACCUCUAGACCUGCAUCUUGCGCCGUGGGUGUGGAAGCAGCUCUGCUCCAUGCCACUGGGAGAGCCCGACCUAGAGGAGGUGGACCUCCUCACCUUCCGCACCUUACAAGGCAUUCUGCACUUGGAAAACAGCGGCAUCACAGAGGAGAAUUUCCAUGUGAUGAUUCCACUGGAUUCGUUCGUGGCCCACAGUGCAGACGGAAGGCUGGUGCCGGUGGGUCCCGGAGGCCAAAACAUUUCCCUUAACUUUUCCAACCGCACGGAGUAUGUGGAGAGAGCGUUGCAGUACAGACUUCAUGAAAUGGACUCUCAGGUGGCAUCGGUCAGAGAGGGCACGGUGUCGGUGGAGACGCUGAAGAAGCUGGUGCGCUACCGUGACAUCGCGGAGAGCCACCAGCUAGUGGCCUGGUUCUGGCAGAGCUUGGAGGAGUUUACCAACGAGGAGCGCGUGCUCUUCCUUCGCUUCGUCUCCGGCAGGUCCCGGCUGCCGUCCAACCCGGCCGACAUGACGCAGAAGUUCCAGAUCAUCAAGGUGGACCGGCCCGUAAAUGGCCUGCCGACGGCUCAGACGUGCUUCUUCCUGCUGCGUCUUCCGCCAUACACAAGCCAGGUGGUGCUGGCCGAGCGUCUGCGCUACUCCAUACACAACUGCCCCUCCAUCGACAUGGACAACUACAUGCUGACGCACAACACGGAGCCCUUAGAGACCUCCGACACAGAGGAGUGA